GUUUCCAGGAUGAACAAAGCUCAGAAAUAUUCGUACAGCCGACUGGACGAGCUGAAGGUUGGAGCUGUGGUCAACGUGUUCGGCGUGGUGAUCUUCUUCAAACAGCCGUUCAAGAGCCGCGGCACAGAUUUCUGCUCCAGCCUGAAAAUCACCGAUCAGUCCAACCAGAAGAUCGGCUGCACCAUCUUCUGUGAGAACCUGGACAAUCAUCCCAAAAUCUUCCAGAUCGGAGACAUCAUCCGCAUGCACAGAGUGAAGGCUCAGCUUUAUAACGACUCCAUCACGCUGGUCAACACCUUCGGCUUCUCUGUGGUGAUGUUUGACGGCGUGCAGGGCGGAGCCGUGGAGCCGCAGGCGUCCAGCCGCUCCUUCAGCUUCGACCAGGAGGACCGUCGCGUGGUGGAGGAGCUGCGAGCGUGGGUGGCGGGCCAAGCGCUCCUACCUCCAGUCCCCACAAUGCCUCUGUCUGCCAUUCAACCCAACGCUUACUUCGACCUGACCUGCCAGCUGCUCGCCAAAGCCUUCAUCUCGUCCAGCUGCACCCUGCUGAGGGUGUGGGACGGGACCAGAUGUGCUCACCCUCUGCUGAAGGUGACGGCCAGUCCGAACCUCACCGAGGGACCGUUGUCCUUCUCCGCAGAGCGAGAGAGUCUCAUCGCCAACGUCUUCGUCUACGACAACCACGUGGAGUUCGCCAAGCAGCUGAAGCCCGGUGACUUCUUGAGGAUCUACAACCUGCGAGCGAUCCUGGGAUCCAGCACAUUGCCCGGCCUCACCAACAGCCAAUCAGAGGAGGUGAAUCACCUGGCGUUGCACCUGCACGGAGGGAUAGAGUUCGGCAGAGGGAUCCGCAUCCUGCCAGACGACUGCGCCGAUGUGCAGGAGAUGAAGAGAGUCAUCGACACUUUCCAGCAGGACGAGGACGAGCUGAACGACUCCAUGCUGCUGGAGGUGUGGAGCACUCCUCCAGAGGUUCUGGACGCUGAUCCAGAGGAGUGGAGCACAGACAGAAGAUGUGGAGACGACGUGCAGACGGAGACGCUGUCUGAAGUGAAGCAGUCUGAUCCGGGUCGAGUUCAUCACGUCAGAGUCCAGCUGAGAUCAUACGAGCCUCGCAGACUCCACCAGGCUCUGAAUCUCUACUGCAGCAAGUGUUCAACCAUGCAGGAAGUCCCGGAUGACGAGCUGCUUGCAGGUCUCUUCUCUGAGGCGUGCAGAGACUCUGAACCCAGCACGCCUCCACCGUGGAUGCUCUCGGGCCAGGUCGACCUCGCUUCCCCGCCCAGAGCUCUGAGCGUCCACCUGUCCUCACAUCUCCUGUACGAGAGCAAAGCCACAGAGCUCAUCUUCAUCAAAGGUUCGACUUUGGAGGAAACGUGUCGACUGGCGGCCGGUUACCAGAACAUCGUCCCUGUGAUGUCAUCGGGAGGUCACCUGACUCUGCUCGACCUGACGGCACCUUUCCUGUUCAGAGGCAGGAAACGAUACUACGGGUGUAAGCGUUGCUCUGAGGCUGCAUUGAGGGAUGUUUGUGCAGAAAAAGACGAACAGAUCGAUGAGAAGAUGGUUGCAGACGCUCUCGGUGUUCAGUUGCUGCGUUUCGUCCUGCUGAUGAAACUCGAGCUGCAGGACGCCACCGAUACGUUGGACGUCUUCCUGUGGAGAGACGCUGAGUUGUUCUUCGGCGUGUCGGCGGAGGAAGCCGCAGCCAAUCAGGAGGCUCAGAAUAUCGUCUGUCAGACCAUGAACUCACUCUGUCCACCAGGGGGCAGCGCAGGUGAGCGUCCCUGGCUUGAUGUGUGUCUCGCAGCGUACCGAUUGGACGACACCGAGGAACCGAACCGAACCUGUUACCAGAUCUGUGACACGGCCGUCACCAAACCGUCCCGCUAAGAGCCAAACCCUGCCUGACCCACCCAAAGGUCAAAGGUCAC